AUGCUUUUGCUUGACGUGCAGCAACCAAUAAUCUUGGCAUCGCACUCUCCAACUCUGCUAUGCUCCUGCGUAUUGUACCAUCCAUGGAAGACAAAAUUGUUUCGUUGCUGCAUGCAAAGCAAAGAAAGACCUCUCCGCCUACCGGUAUGGUUCGUCCCUGCUACUAUCGAUAGUCUACGAGAGAUCAUCAACAUGAUCGGAUCUGAACCAAUCAUAACUAAUAUGCAGACUUGUAAAGAGAUCAAGCAAGCAAGCAACCAACCAACCUACCUAACAUUAUUAAACCACCUCACUGUAUUCAUCAAACCAGCCACAACGACAAUCAUGACGCUUUCUUUCUGA